UUUUCCGACUACCCAGAGUACCUUUAACGCACCAUCCAAACUCCUUGCUAGUGGAGACGCGGUCACCUCCCCUCUUAUCUGUGCCUGCUACACGGGUCGGCGACCAUUAAAAAAAGCCACACACCUUUUUGCAUUCAAACAUCAGCUCACAUUGCGUUUCUUCCUCGUUGUGCGGACCUUUGUCAUGGCGGCGAGUGCCAAGCGAAAGCAAGAGGAGAAACACCUGAAGAUGCUGAGGGAAAUGACAAGUUCGCCUGCUAACAGAAAGUGCUUUGACUGCGACCAGCGGGGCCCGACCUACGCCAACAUGACGGUGGGCUCCUUCGUGUGCACCUCCUGCUCCGGCAUCCUACGAGGACUGAAUCCUCCCAACAGAGUCAAGUCUAUCUCCAUGACGAAUUUCACACAACAGGAAAUAGAAUUUCUACAGAAAAACGGGAAUGAGGUAUGUAGACAGAUCUGGUUAGGCCUACAUGAUGGGAAAUCGUCAUCAGCGCCAGAUUUCAGGGAACCACAGAAAGUCAAGGAGUUUCUUCAAGAAAAAUAUGAGAAGAAAAGAUGGUAUGUACCCCCUGAGCAGGCAAAGGUGGUGGCAUCUGUCCACGCGUCUAUCUCUGGCUCGUCAAACAGCAGCACCAGCAGCACACCUGAGGUUAGACCUCUUAAAUCCCUCCUGGGGGACUCCGGUCUGACCCUACACCUCAGCAAGAACACACCACCUAAUCAGUCUCCAGUGAUCAGCCGCGGGCAAACCCAUCAGCAACAUGACAAGAAGUUUGACCUCCUCAGUGACCUGGGUGGAGACAUCUUUGCUGCCCCACCAAAAAUGAGUGCAGGCGCCAGCUCGAGUUUUGCAAACUUUGCACAUUUCAACAACCACACAAUGGCACAGAAUACCAACACAAAUGCAGACUUUGCUCAUUUUGAUGCAUUCGGGAGCACUCCUGGGUCAAUGUGUGGUUUCCCUUCAGCAACCCAAGCCCCAUUUGCAGCAUCAAGCACAGGGCUGCCAGCAUUCACUGUCCUCUCAUCCAGCCGCACUAUAUGUGAGUUUGCUCUGCCUCUCCGGGUUGCAUUCAGUAGUGCCUCAGGGGGACUAGCAAAUGCCAGUUUUGCACAUUUUGACAGCUUCCCCAAAUCAUGUAGUGCUGACUUUGGAUCCUUCAGUUCGUCCUCCCAGAGUAACUCCACAGGAGCGGGCAGGGGGGACACUGAACAGAGUACUAGUGUCCCUGCAGAUAAAUACGCAGCCCUUGCUGACCUGGAUAACGUGUUUAGCUCUGGCAAAACAGAGCAAGCGGGCGCUAUUCCUGCUGGGGGGAGUUCAGUUUCUGGGGUGUCUCAUAACCGACCAGCAACAGGAGGUGACCGCUAUGCUGCUUUAGUCGAGCUUGAUACAGUUUUUGGCCCCUCAGCCACCAGCAGCAACGCACAGAGCUCAGAGACUGGAGUAUCCACAACACAAGCACAAGUACUACCUGGUAUGCCUCAAACUUUUGGGGCAGCCCAGCCAAAUAAUCCCUUUGUGGCUGCUGGUGUUGCACCCGCACUGACCAACCCAUUCCAGGCCAACAGCAGAGCCGCAGCUGUGGCAACGGCGGCUGCAGCAGCGGCAGCCUCAUUCGGCACAGCCUCCACGAGCAUGCCUGCUGGAUUUAGUAACGCUUCACCUUACAACCUCCCGACCAGCUUUAGUGGAACCUUCCAGCAGCCUUUUCCUGGCCAGGUGCCCUACUCACAACCUACAGCGUACCCCCAGCAACUCAAUGGUGGAGGAUUUUCGGUCUUUGGCCAGAGCAAGCCAGUGGUAACUCCUUUUGGGCAGGCAAUGGCAGGACCAGUGGUCUCAAGUAACCCUUUCCUGGGUGCAGGUUCAGCAGCGCAAUAUCCAGCAGGGGGCGCUUCAUCGAAUCCCUUCCUAUAGCAUUCCAUCAUCCUAUCAGCUGCUCUUCACCAUCGACUGAUGGCACUUGCAAUUAUGUCACUGUUUUGUUUCACAGGUAGCUUUAAAACACAAAGUCUGUAUAGAUUUGUUUUGCAGGUUGACACGAAUUGACCGUUCUGAGCUGGGAAAGUCAUGACACUGUAUGGUGACAAAAUGAUGUAAUGGUGAGUGCAGAGGGAGGGAGGGAGGGAGGAGGCGGACUGGGGUUUGAUCCUCAUCAAAAUGGCUGAAAGUGAAGGUUCUCAAGCAGUCGUCAAUCUUUACGCUAAAAAUUCUGUGAAUAUUGUUUCAAUCCACUCUUUGUGCAUAUCAGUAUUUGUACACAAGUUUUGCUAUAACAGAACAAUUUCUUGGCAAAGCCAAUGUUGGUUCUGCCAUUUGCUAUGUCUGUCAAGAGCCAAAUAGUUUCUUUGCGCAAAAAAAAAAAAAACUUCAGUUAACCGGACAAAUCAUGCAUGUUGUCUUGACGAUAAGUGAGGAGAGAAAAAAAAAAUGGCGCAACGCUGUGCCAGGCCACGCCUGCACGAAACAGGCUUGGCGCACAAUGUCAUGCGCAUCCGUACCGGCAACCACUUGCAUCGUGGACAAAGACUAUUUUAAGUUAAGUUAAUUUGUAAAUAGAAAAUAUAUUCUAUAUAAGAGUUUCAAGAUUUGACCAAAUCAUUCAUUUAUAUUGUUUGGAAAUAUUUGUGCUGUUUAUAAAAAUAUAUAAAAAGUUCAUUUUUAA